CUCUCCUAUAUGGCAUGUAGAUUUGUAGGGUGGCAUUGCUAAACAUGGUCCUGUAAGCCAUCAGGCCUUUUCGUUACAGGGAAAAUGACGAAUAUCCUAGGCUGAGGAGCUGACAUUUGUAGGAUUACGCUAUCGGAUCAGGAUUGUCUACACCAAAGCCUGCUGUUUGUGGGAUCGCAAGCUGUCCACUAUGGGCAAAUGUACUGGGAGAUGUACCUUGGUUGGAAUCUGCUGCCUGCAGCUGGCAGCAGCUCUACAGAGGCAAAUAUUUGACUUCCUCGGCUACCAGUGGGCUCCAAUAUUAGCCAAUUUCCUGCACAUUAUGGCUGUCAUCCUGGGGAUAUUCGGCACUUUACAUUACAGAUCUAGAUACUUGAUCUUGUAUUCUGUAUGGCUGGCAUUAUGGGUGGCAUGGAAUGCCUUUAUAAUCUGUUUCUACUUGGAAGUGGGGCAUUUAUCACAGCACAGGGACCUGAUAAUGAAUUUUAACACCUCCCUGCAUCGGUCAUGGUGGAUGGAGAAUGGACCGGGCUGCCUUGUGACACCUGUUCGUACACCACCUCUGUCACUGGCAGAUCAUCACAUGGUCACAGUGACUGGCUGUCUUCUCGACUAUCCCUACAUUGAAGCGCUGAGCAGUGCACUACAGAUCUUCCUGGCACUCUUUGGCUUUGUGUAUGCCUGUUAUGUCAGCAAAGUUUUCAUGGAUGAAGAAGACAGCUUUGAUUUCAUUGGCUCCUAUGAUUCCUACGGAUAUCAGGCUCCCAUGAAGACAUCACACCUCCAGUUGCAGCCACUCUACAAGCCUGGCUAGAGCUACUCCAUGAGUCUUCAUUCACUACACAUUUUACCCAGUCGAUGCCCUUCCUGUAUCUCUUCACAUCUCAUUUAGGUUCCCCACUUAUAUUCCUGAUCAGUGGUCGAAAUGCCUUAAAACACCUUAACACAGCAGUAGCAAUGUUCAGAUGUAUCUGGACUGGUUGCACGCAUUUAGCAUUGCAACUAUGUUUUUAAAUAUGGAUUGCAAUGACUGGCAGUACAGUGGUAUGCGUUGGCUGGUUUCAUCAUAACUAGCUAUGUGUCAAACACUGAUCCCUGGAAAGUAGAGGUAGUAAUGGCAGCCCAAGAGGUUAGGUAGAUAAUACAAAAUUAUUUGUUAGAAAAAGAAAAUCCAUGUCAAUUAGACCACUCUUAGACUUAGUAUGAAGAGGAGAUUUAAAGUUUUUGUUUAAGUCUUUUUGUUUUCAAUUCAGGAGGAACAGUAGACCUUGCCAAACAAUAUAGUGUUGAGGGAUUGUCAUAUUUUAGAUAUCCAGUUAUCACCCAUCAAUACGUUAAAUUCGUCAAACCAUACCAAGUUUCAGAAAAUGUGUAGUACUUCCUAGAACAGGACUAUAGGUUGACACACAUGUAGUCAUAGCACUUUUCCGAGAAGCGAGUGAAAAUCUACAACUCUGGAACAUUGCUGAAGACCCAAUAAUGAAUCAAAAUAGCUAUUUGGCUAUUUGACUGUGUACCUUCACAAACUAGCUUAGCAUCUACUGUUCUUUUUUGUAUAUGUACCAUUACAUCGGUGCACCAAGGUCAGUUGUAGAACUGCAAGAGUUAUAUAUAGUAUAUAUGCACUUUUAUAGCCAUACUUUUUCAACUUUGCAAAUAGCCUUCAUUUUAAAAUGAAAUCCUUCAGUUUUGUGUAUUCCGUUACUAUGCAGACUUAUUUGUCUCUUAGCAUACAACUACAAGGGCAAAUAGCAAUCAGGAUUAAUUUGUAGUCUGUAACCAUGGAAACAAAUACAUCUGGAUAAAGGGUGUAUACACAAAAUAAUAGAAUUUUGUUUUUAAUUGGGAGUAUUUACAAAGUUGCUAAAAAUAAAAUGGCUACAAAAGGGCAUUUUAAGUAUUACAAAAAUGUGUAGGUUAUCACAAAAUAUGUGGUUGCACUGUCAAUGUCUAUUUACGAUAGCUAAAAACUUCAAACGAAGACAUAGUUGGAACAAUGGUCAGAUAAGAAAACUGUACAUA